GCCGCUCGCUCAGUCAUCGCUCGGUUGUAGGCGAUGCCGGCGCGUCGUGGAUGAGCAGCUCGCGCGCGCGCGCGCUCGCACGAGGAGCGCGGGCUCCUCCGGAUCGACCAGGUCUGUGCGGAUCUUCACCGUUUGCCGUGUCUUUGAGGAGUGAUCGGGAUACGCAGGGACGAGUAUUAUCGCUUUUCCGUCGAGCACGCGCUUCGUGUCCGCGCCGAGGUGAUCGCGAGCACGAAAGCCAUGUCACCCCGCGGUGGCAAGUGCGCGCGUGCCAGCAAAGUGGCCGCCAAGGGGCGCCAAGUGCGCGGGCAGCGCGGCGUCUUCCUGGAUCCUGCGGAAGCUGAAGAAGAAGAAACGACGAGGACGAUUACGACCACGAGGACGACGACGACGACGACGACAACGGCGACCACAGUGACGACGAUGAUGGCAGCGACUACUUCCGUACCAGCGACAAUAACGACGACGACGGCGACGACGAUGAUGGCGAUAUCCGUGACGUCAAGCGGAACGGCGGUCGCAACGACGGGAACGGACAAGCCCGCGGCAACCACGGCGGCGUGUUGCAACGAGGGUCGAUCGCAGUGGGCCGGGCGCAUGCGCCAAUCCCAGGAGAGCAGCUCCGAGCCAGCCCGUGAAAACGGUACCCCGGUGCACCCCCGUCAUCCGGAGAGGCCGCGGCGACGGGAGAGGCACGCCGCCGGGCGGAAGCAUCGACCGGCGAAGAACGCCACCGCCACCGGCUCCUCGUGCUCGUCGACGUCGUUGUCGUCGCCGCCGGUGCUCUCCUCGCCGUCCUCGUGCACGUCCUCGCGCCGCUCGACCUCCCCGCUGUCGAGCUGCUCGUCGCCGCCGCGUUCCUCCACCUCGUCAUCGCUCGCGAGCGAUCCGCUAGCGAUCAAGUCGUCGACGGCCAGCCGGAGGAGCACCCCCGACCGCGGCGACGACGGGAUCGGCAAGUGGAAGCGAGACGUCGUUGCGAAGCAGGACAACGACGGGACUCCUCAUGGAGCUACGGGAGCCACGGCGGUAUCGACGGCCUCCUCGUCGACCGCGGUGUCCUCCACCUCGUCGCCGUUCCCCUCUCCCGUGUCCACGUCCUCAGCGUCCUGCAGGACGACGACGACGACCACGCCGCGCCACGCACCACCGGGAGCGACGCCGACCUCCUCCUCGAUCUCGGCUCUCGAACAUCUCAGGAGCGCCCUGGAGAGCUACGACCGCAGUCGGAUCUACCUCGCCCACAUCUGCUACCUGGACUGGCGGGAUCUCCCGGGGUCAUCAUCGGACACGACUGCUGGUGGCCGGUCGUCAUUGGCGGCCGCGUUGCCUGCGCAAGGUCAACAUGCUGAGCCAGCCGGUGGUGUACGCCGGUGGUGGCAGAGGUUCCUCACCGCUGAUCUGUUCCUCUGGUGGUUUCGCCACGAGUUUGCCGUCACGGCGAUGGCGAUGCACCCGGAUGGCGCCGUCCUGGUGGCCGAGUGUGCUGAUUACCUUCCACCCGAGGGUGACUGCGUGGCCGCGGAUGGCCUGGUGCGACUGUUCGUGGUGCCCAAGGACUGCAUGGAGACGCGGUUGGUGAUCCGCGAGCUGAGAGUGCGACUGGCUACUGGGAUACUGUCGCGGGCGCGCUGUGGUGUCUAUCGCGACAAGUCCACGACUGCGGACGCAGAGGGUGGCGAUCACCGACUGGACGUGUACCUGAGGAGAUUCACGUUGAAGGAGGCGUUCGCGGAUUUCCAUCGCGCCUGGCUGAGCGUCCGCUCGGAGACGUUCGCGCGCAGCUGGACGUUACCGCGCGAACGCGAGGAGCAUCACCCGCUGGCGGGAUGCAACGGCGCCAUAUUGCCGCAUAGAAUCCACGCGGUGGACCAGGAGGAGGACAGGCUGCUGCUUGGCGAGCUGCAGAGCCUCGCGAGGGACGCUGGACUGGAAGUGGACGAUGAAGAACUCAGUAGAUGGAUCGUCGACGAGGAGAGCGCGCUGGCGCGUCUUGUCAGGAAGAGAGAACCUGAAGAAGAACAUUGUCGCGUGAAGGUCGAGGCGGAGGACAGGUUGUCAGAGCGUAACGGCGACGAGGACGACGACGGAAACGACGGUGUCGGCGAGGAGGACGACAGCGAGGAUGAGCCCACCGCCGAGGAGGCAGUCGGGCUCCUCUCGAGGGUGCUGACCUGGAUGGAGAGGGAACCUCUCGAUCCCGGACUCCUGCUGGCGGUCAGAUCGAUGCGCGAUACCGCUGCACUCAUGGCAAGUAAAAUGGGACUGGCCGGAACGCAUCCGAGUGGACUGCCAUUCUUCUGCCCGAACGGGGACCACCUGACGCAACCACCCCCAGCCCAUAUGGGCAUCCCUCCGUACGGGGCACUGGACGCAGGCAAGGCAGCCGCUGCAGCCGGUCUGACGAGAGCUCCGAUGUACCCCUUCUCGGCGAGCCAGUACCCUUAUCCCAUGCUCAGCACGGAAAUGUCGCAAGUCGCUUCCUGGCACACACCGACGAUGUACCCGACCAUUUCGCCGGCGAACGCCGGCUUCCGGAGUCCGUACCCCACGAGUUUACCCAUCACGAGCUCCAGUCUACCAAGCGAUCUGUACCGGUUUUCGCCGACGGGACUUAUGCCACCGCAUCCCGGCCUGAGUCCGCACGCACACGCGUUGGCGUCGCAUGCGUUGGUCUCUUCAGCGCCGAAGGCGGACCACUCCACCCUGGAUCACAAUCACAGGUUCGUUCGUUCAUCCCCUCGCAACUUUCGGAUCGUUCGAUGGAUCGAUUUGGAUCGUCGCUACGGCGGUGGACCCGCGAGUAGUAAACACGAGGCAGUGCCGUAUGUGGCGAUGGAGCCAGCCGAGUGCCUGGAGCAGCCGCUGAACCUGGUGAUCAAGAAGGACGACACUGACGACAGCGGGCCGACCGGGCGGACGACGGUGAUCGGCAAGAGGAUCGAGACCGAGGCGUCGAUCAUCAUCGACGAGGAGGAGGAGAAGGACGCCACGGCCGAGGAGGAGUGCGCGAUCGACGAUAACAUGGCGAUAUUCCAGGACGCGGUCAAGUCUGCGGAAUCCGGCGGCGGCUUACCAACCGCGGAUCACAAGCUCCUGACCGCGCUCUACAUGAGCAGCCUCAUGCAGAUGUCGAGCUUGAGCGUGCCGCGCGGCAUCGCGCCGUCGCCGUACGGUGCCAGCCAGCAACAGCAACAGCAGCAGCAGCCGAGCUUCGUGCAGCUGCUGGCGAUGGUGGAGGCGCGGCACCGCAUGUGGCAGCAGAUGAACUGGCCAUUACCGCAGGGCUUCCUGAGGAGUCCGCUGACGAUGUCACCUAGUGCGCCACCACCGCCGCCCUCGUCGUCGUCGUACUUUGACGGUGCGACGACGACGACGACGACGCCGACGCCGACGCCGACGCCGGCGCCGAGCCUGACGGAGCAGCUGUCCCAGACCGCGGCACCGACCUACCCCCUGUCCUGCGCGAAACCCGAACCCCUGAAUCCCGAGGCCACCAAACAGUCCUACUUCGGCAAACGGUCUACGAUAGAACAGAAAAACUCGACGUCGUUACCUACGGACAACGCCAAAGCCCAGGACACGGGCCAGCAGAACAAUCAAGAUAAAAAGAAACCCCAUAUAAAAAAGCCUCUGAAUGCGUUUAUGCUGUAUAUGAAGGAGAUGAGGGCGAAAGUGGUGGCAGAAUGUACCUUAAAAGAGAGUGCCGCGAUCAACCAAAUAUUGGGAAGACGAUGGCACUCGCUAAGCCGGGAGGAGCAGGCGCGGUAUUAUGAGGCGGCCAGGCAGGAACGCCAUCUCCAUCAGCAACGAUACCCCGGCUGGAGUGCCAGGGAUAACUACGGAUAUGGCAGCAAGAAGAAGAAGAGGAAGAAAGAGCGCUCCGCAGAUCCCACCGGAGGUAACAACAUGAAGAAGUGCCGCGCCAGGUAUGGAUUAGACCAGCAAAGCCAGUGGUGCAAACCCUGCAGACGUAAGAAGAAAUGUGUCAGAUACAUGGGGGAGGGAGGAGACGGCGACGGCGAAGCCGACGGUGACGCCGAGGACGACCACUCGGAGGACAACCUGGGUAGCGUAGGUGAAGCGGGUACCCCCGAGGAUGACGAAUCCCUCAGUAGUCCUGGGGGCCUGUCCGCGUUGUCUAGUCUGGCAAGUCCGUCAUUGGUCCUACCGUCGCCCUCGAGUCUGGCGAGUCCAUGUCCACUGACGCCUCCGGUACCACCUCCCCCGCCGCUGCCAAACACGAGUCAAUCGGUGGUGGCGACGGCGGUGGCGACCGCGGUGACGACAGCACCAGCGGGGGCGGCGGUGACGACAGCGGCGACGGUGCAGCAGCAGCAACAAUCGCAUCCCGCACCGCCGCCCCAUCGCAAUCCCGUCGGCACGAAUCCCCAUGACAUCAACAACCCACUCAGCGUAAACCAGUUGACCGGUCAGUGUAUAAAGAGUGAGCCUGCACCUUCGGGCCCCUCCAAUCCGGCGAUCAGCGUCACGUAGCCCUGGCCGGACCCACGUGACCGGACUAAUGCUGUCAUCUAUGGGGUCCGUGUACACGUGCGCGCAACAAGGCGACCGGACAUGGGAGUGGAAGGAUCGGCUGGGACACUGACGGUAGUGGACGAACGGGACUACUAUUGGCGGGCGUCCCAUUUGCGCCAAGUUUCCGCGAUUCCGGUCUGACGAAGGGGACCAGGUAAGGGUCCGAGAAAAACGUAGAACACUCUCGAAACAUGGUUCAAGGAUGUCAAUCGGCCGUGUCAACGAUUCCUCCUUUGAGCUUGGGGGAACCCCGAUCGCGCGUCCUCGACGGUAGCACCGCUGUUGAAGCGCGUGAUAUUGACUCCACGCCGUGGCGAGGUAUCGAUCACUGCUCCGUCAAUCUCAAUGGACGGCAACAUGUUUGACAUCGCGUUUUUCCUGAUACCGCGUGUCCGGUCUCGGUUUGGUUCUCUCGUCAGGCCGGGAACCAUCCCAGUGUCCAAAGUUUGGUUCUAUCGAACAAGGUGGACGUUCAGUAUACAUCUGACAAACGGACAGAGACAGAGAGAGACUACGAAUACGAUGCAGAAAUACUCAGGACCAAGUGUCUGGCUGUAGUCACCCGCUCGGCAAAGAGAGGAAGCUGCGUGAUGUGAGAGCGAGAGAGAGAGAGAGCGUAAGCGUGAAAGAGUACGUGCGUGCGUGGGUGCGUGCAUGCAUGCGUACGAAGGUAGGGAAGGGCGAAGCGCGUGUCCGACGAUGAUGCGAUGACCGAGACGACGAAGAUAGGUGCGCGUGACGCAGCUUGUAGUCCUUGUUACGUUGUGAUGCCAAUGACUGAGAGGUCAUGUUCCUGUGCCAGCUACUAUAUACUCUAGAAAAGUAAUUUUUAACGCGAGGGGAGCGCACGUGAAGCGUAGGAGGGAGCAGCCGUUUUGCGAAAAGAGAAGUAGGAAGAAUUCCGGAAAAAAAACGGAGGGCGGGCGCGCGUGCACUCGCACGAUGCGUUUUUUAAUUAUCAUCCGUUUAUUCGACCUCAUAAGUAUCAAAUAAAAAUACCUAUCUCUCUUCUGUAUCUAAUUUGUUAUUUUUUUAAAAGUCUAUACACAACGUUUAAUUAGCGUGUAAGAUAACUCUUAGUGCCGAAUCCCCGUACUCGAACUUUUCUCCCUCCCUUUCUCACUUUUAACUUCUGUCCCUCGUCCUCGUCUCCGAUCUAACGUCACCGUCUUCAUCAUCAUCGUCAUCGAUAAACGGCGCGAUGAGCCGUUGACACGGCUCUACCGCCGGUCCACGUUUCCGCAGAACGCGGCAAAUGGUUCUUUCAUCUUCGCCGCGGAAUGCAACGCGUCCACGAUCAAUCGCAUCGAACGCGUCGUUUCUGAUGUACAACUCUAACUGAUGCAGUCGCGAUCGGCUCAAUCGGCUCCGUCGUUCAAGGUUCACGCAGUUCAGAUUUCGCGUUGAUCAAUCGAUCGGUCUUUUGAUCAGACAAUAAUCGCGCGCGGUAACUUAACAGAAAUCGAUUAACGAGGUAAGGGGAGAAGAAUGAAGACUCAGGGCCGAGAAACGCGAAGCGCGAGCUUCCACCGUGAUGAAUCGGGACGGGCUUCUUGCUGAGUGGCUCGCGAGCAGCAUCAGAACCAACGUUUCUCUCAUUAGUCCUGUUCUGCCUCUUCUCCUCUUCUGCCACCUUCUCGAGGAACCGUUUCUCCAUUAUUCCCUCAUUUCCUUUUCUCUAACGGUGCGCCGGGUGAACAUAUGGCGAUAUAUUGCGGAGCAUCCGAGCGCACAGUUUGUUCGACUUGAGGAUCGAUGCCAAUCUGCCGCAAUGAGCGCGAACGCGCGCGGAUGCAGUUGCGGAUGCGGUUUCUCCUCUAAAUCGCGCAGGAAGGGAAGUAGCUCCCUCCCCCAUUAUCGAGAUAAUCGCGUGGAAACGAGCGAGCGUUUAAUCGGAGCUUUUGUUAGAGACGAAUGUAAGAUACUUUGUAAAAUGUUUUAAGUUUUAUUAGCGUGAUUUAAUUCCUCCUGUUUUUUUUACUCUCUUCCCCUUCACUCUAUUCGAUUUAUUCACGGCGCCGUUCGCGUGGCGUACGAUUUGUGAACGUUAACGCGGAUUUUUGUUGAUGAUGUUACAAAUGUGUAAAGCAAAUACGCAUGUGAGAUGUUGAACAAAUGUGUUUUAUCAAGGACGAUCUUGCGUUUUUGUAAUAUUAGCGUUGAUACCUUUCUCGUAUUACAUUUUUAUUGUUCUUGUAUCUCGGAUUCCACGGGCACAUUUUAUAUUUGCGAAAGUUUAUCGUGCGUUUAUUCUGUUAAAAAUGAUCCUGCAACACGCUAGGUAAAGUGCAUCUGUCGUUAGUCUAGCGCGUUCUCCCACAGCGUGCUACGAUCGCGCGACGUAUUGUCAGCGAGCAACAUCGAGUUUUGCAACGCGACAUUUCGGUGCAACCUGUGCCCCGCUAAACGACUAAAAAAGAAAGGAAAAAAAAACAAAGCGUGACAGCGAAUCCCUUUUAUUGUCGUCGAUGUUUUUAGUGGGCCCGAUAUUUUCGAGCGAGCGUUUAUUUAGGGGAACGGUUUCUCUAUUCUCUCUUUUUAUUUUGUAUAUAAAAUAGCUACGAUCUAUAAGGUGCAUCUACUGCGGCGCGUGGGAAAGUGCAAUGGAGGUGCCAACGAUAGGAGAGAAAGAGAAAGAGCGUGAACGUGUGCGAGAUUGUGCGCGUGUUUGUGCGCCGCGAAACGGAAGUCGGACACCCUUACGCGCGGGGGUGUGCGAUCGACCUCGUUGAAAAAUGUUUCUCCCUCCCGUGGUGUAUUUUUUUUUCUUCCUAUCCUUUCCUACCCUUCUCCCACCCCCGACUGAAUCACACACGGUGUCCGUGCAGCGAGGACCGCUGCGAAAACCCGCGUCCGCUGAGCGUCAGCUGAACGCAAGCUAAACGUGCCAUAUAACGAUCCAUCAUGCCAAUAUUACCGAUGAUACAUAUCGUUCCCCCUUUCCCCCCUGUUUUACGUUACGACCUGUCCAACCCCGUUCUGUCAGUCGUCGAGCUACAGGCCCGCCGAAGGUCGCCCCUCUCCCCUCGCCAACUCUUCGUUUCGUCCAUCGUCCUCCUUUGUCGUUCCUUCUUCGUUUCGCCAAGCUCGUUAUCAAUCGGACUGAUAAAUCGGCACCGAGCGUGCGUAGAUCUUGGCGUUCCCAGGAUCACCUUGAUCUCUCUUCGAACGAUGUCUGCGCGUCUUCUUACUAAAUCGUGGGAGAACGAAUUUAUCAUCGGGCAGCCAUCGUAUCCGAGGAGCGCGCGAUCAAGGGGUUCAAACGUGUAGCGAUUAAGUAACGGGGCAAGGACGACCAGCGACGUUUCACGCGAGGCGGGGGUGCAAGAUGGAGUGCAGGGAGAGAAGAUGAUGGCGGCGGACCAGCAAGCACAUCGUUCGCACUCUUGUACUGACAGACGUAGCCGAUUAACAUGAGAAAACAAGACUCGCGAGACCGUGCGAUGUUUGAUUUAAUGUGUGCGUGCGUGUAUGCGAUGAUGAUUGCUGUACGAGGAGGGCGACGCGAGCGGGGCACGACCAAUCGAGCCAAUAGGGAUGAAAUCAGUGUAAUCCCUCGAGAAAAUGGUACCGCUCGUGUCGGUCUGCCUCCCCUUCUCACUUUGUUAGGAACGAGACGACGUCGCGAAGUAUUCAGUAGCGGACUGCACCCUUGGUGACGCGAGGGUCGUGAUCCUCGACGUCUCCGGGAGGGACGAUGACGCGUUUCCCGGCCACGAAAUCCUCGGCGGGUAAACUCGCUCGACACGGCCUACAAGUCCGCUCGAGAGGAGGAGGGUAACGGGAGUCGCUCGCGCGAGUCCGCAGGCGGGAGAUAUACCGUCUUCCCCCUGACGACGAUGACGACGAGGUGACACAAACCAGGAUCCACUCGGGGGUCCGACGAGUCGGAUUCAGGGCUCGCGUCUCGCUUCAAAGGAGUGGUUGUACUAUAUUGUAAAGUACCAGUCGACAGUUCUCAGCUGCGUUGUACAGUGUUUUCUAAGUAUCUAGGUCGAUAGCGUGUAACUGCGAGGACGGAACAUUGUAUUUACACUAAUAAGUGAUCUGUAUUAAAUUCAAUUCUCGUAUUAGCCUGUACUCCUACUUAUGUAGAUGCUAAAAGUGAUUUGUGUCAUAAAAAAGAAACUUAUAAAUAAAAUUAGCACUUUGAGAAC